AUGAAGCAGAAGACGCUCGAAUGGGCUGGCCAUCCCGCCGACUGGUGCACAGCCUGUAUGGGCGAGUUGCCAGAAACACACGAGGACCUGCCCUUCGGCUUCCUUACCCUUCCUUCCGAACCUGCGAUGAAUGCCGCUGGCCGGACUUCAGACCACCCGUUCAGAGACCUCCGCUCAGCCCGUCGCGUACGCCAACGAUCGAAGAGAUACCCCGAGCGCAUCUACAGCGGCAACAAGCGUCGUCGCAACGACCGAUAUCGCCUCGCACGAGAGAACCAGCUUCGGCACGAGUACAAACAGGCAGACAUUCAGGAAUGGGAGGACGACUGCUACGAUAGAUGGGCACAUGAAGUAGACAUGGAGCAUAUGGACGACAUAGAAGCCUACGAACUCUUUGGCAAGAAUGCCCACAUCUUCGAGGGCACAGCCACCGGGGACAUUAUAACAGGCGAGGACUUUGGAACCUGGGCUCGGCGUCGCAUCGCAGAGAUGCGGCACGUCAAAGAACGCCGUAUACAUAUCUACGGCGAACCCACGAGCCCCGCGCCGCUGAUCAUCCUCCCACACACCAUGCGCGACGGCAGGCGACCCGGUCGCGUCAGCGCCACCAUCCCUACCGCGCCUUUCGCAAAACCUCACGAAACAACCCUCCCCACCUCCCUCUCCGAGAUCCGCGCCCACUCCACACUAGCCUGCAUUCUCACACUUCCUAAAAUCCUCAAACAACGCUGCUGUAGCCGCAACGAACCCGCUCUACCCGUGAUACCAGGCUUCUGGUGGUGGGGCGAGUAUACCUGGCAGUGGCAUAGGAACUUGUCUGGGUCGAUCUCAGUGACUGGGGUGAUGACUCGCAAGAUGGAUAUGUGA